AUGGAGGAAGAAGGAAACAUAAAAAUAAAAAUCAAAACCAUGGACAACGAGGAAUUUGAGCUGGACGUAAAAGGAGACACUAGCGCGGAGGAAAUAAAGAACGUCAUUGCGGAAAAGAAAAGCGUAGACAAGCAGGACAUCCGGUUGAUCUACCAAGGACAAUGUCUAGCAAACGAAAAAAGUGUUGCAGAUUAUAACAUACAAAAUGAUCACAUCAUUCAUUUGGUGGUGAGGAAAAAAGAAAACUGUGCCAGCGUGAAUGACGAAAGUGGGAAUGCGGCCAACAGCGGGAAUGCUCAGAAUGGGAAGAGCGACCCCACCAACAACAGCGCAAAUGGAAGCGCAAAUGCAAACGGAAACGCAAAUGGAAGCAUAUUUAGAAGUAACGACGGAAGCGUAAUGGGGGAUCCCCUGCACAUAAACUUCAGCUCGAAUGUGCAAUUGAACAGCAGCAGUGGGAAUAUCCCCAAUGGAGGAGGUACCGCCUCUAAUAUGCCCAAUAAUGGUAACGCGAACCCUAGCAUGGGAUCUUCUUCCACUCCUCUGUACUUCACACACAUGAGAUUAACAAGGAAUGAUAACAUGGAUGGAGACCUCAUGGGCCAGACAAAUAUAUGCUCCCUGCUAAAUGACAUAAUGAGUCAGGUAAAUAUUAACCCGAACUUUAUUUAUGGUGCGGCGACGGCGGCUGCCACUGCGGCUGCGAAUGCCGCGGCGACGAAUGCGGCAGGGGCAGGAAGCGGUGUAGGAGGUGGUAUAGGCGGCGGUAUAGGCGGCGGCGUGGGGGGCGGCCUCGGGAGCGGCCUCGGACCUGGGGUUGGAAGCGUGAACGGAGAAAACAUUUUCACCGCGGCGAUGAGGACCACCGGAAUAAACCCUAACGCGAGCGAAUUUACCUCUCCCAGCUAUGUGAACGGGGCGAAUGAUCAGAAAAGCGAGCCGGUGAACGCGAAACGGUGCGCGGAAGGGGGGACAGAUGGGAAGAAGGAAAAGGCGAAGGGGAACGUGGCAGGAGGGAAGAGCCAUAACAGCUACAAUGAAUCAGACGGAAAGAAUCAAAGCCGAAGUGGUAUCAAAGGAGGUGAUGAUGGUGGACAGAGCCACUCAGGAGAGAGCAAAAGCGAAUCCUCAUCGGAUAAUAGCUGCACGAAUGACAAAGGAAACGAUGAGGAUUACACAAAGGAGCAACACAAGAAAAUGAAGAAAUUAAAAAAGAAGAGAAAAAAUUACAAUAAGGAUAUGAAGAUAUCGAAUAAACUCAAAAAAAAUGGAAAGUACCAUUUUGGUCAUUCGAGUAAGGAUGGCAGCUCCAGUAGCAGCCACUCCGGGUCGUCCCUCCUGUCUGUCGACAUCACCAUGAAGGAUGAGGAGGAAAGGAAAAAGGCACUGAAGUUGAAGAAGUAUAGCAAAAAAAAGAAACUCAAAAAUAAGCACAAGAAGAAAAGCUACGAUUCGAGUAGUUCUUCGUCAGGAUCCUCCGAGGAAGAUCAACAGGAGGAUGAGGAAGAGGACGACGACUAUUACGAUGAUGAGCUAGCCAAAAAGGAGAAAAAACACAGAAAGAAGGAAAAAGAAAAGAAAAAGAGAAAAAAAAGAGAAAGCAGGAACAGCCUCAAGUAUAGCAGAGACGACCUGAGCGAGACGAACGAAAAUACGAACGGAACGAACAACCACAACGUCGUGGAUGAUUUCGUCAAACAGAAGGAGAGGAGGAAGAAGGCCUACAGCAGCAGCAAGGCUCUGUUCGGGAACGCCGGCGCGCACGCCAAUUUGGUGGACCUGCCGGGCAGCAACAUGAAGCCGAGCGGCACAGGCGGACCGAUGGACGAGCACAACUACCCACCCAGGGGCGCGUACGAGAACAUAGUGCCCCUGAGCGACAUAGAAAGGAACAAUGAGAUAGUUCGCAACGACUCCGUGCGAACGAACUCGAGAGUGGCGAUUAACGAAGAAGAGGGUGCCCUCCUGUCGGACAACAACUCCCUAUCGGCGAACAUAAGAUCGAUACAAAUGUCGAGCGACAGACCAAACAGUGCACUAAGGAGAAGCGACCUGAAAUGCCUAAACGAUGCAAACGACUCAGAACACAAAAACAUGGAAGUAAAUAUCCCAUGGAGAGUAAUAGAACAGUUAUUAGUCCUCCUAGAAGAAGAAACAGGAUAUCGAAGACCAGACUUAUCUGCCUACAUCAAUUCCUACCACAACACUAACUCCAUUUUUGUUUUCUUUUAUCUCUUUGUUCACAUCAACAAUAUAAUUAAUAGCAUAAUUAUCCAAUUUAAUCACUCCAAUUUUAUGAAUAACGAUAUUUCGAUGUCUUCUUUCUCAAGGAUAAGUAUCAUUCUAUCCCUAGCAUCAGUAGUUUUCUCUCGACUAUCCAAUUUCUUCUUUGUCUUUUAUGACAACUUUUAUUGCAACAAUUACGGAAGACACUACAGGUACUCGGAUCCAAUCAAUCAUGAAUUCCUCAGAGAGUUAAGAAAUUUAUACUAUUCUAAUAAUAGAAGAAAUGCUCACUCGAAUAGAAGCAGUAGGUUCUUUCAAAACAGUGUCUUCCCUAAUGGCAAUUACGAAAGUGCAAACAUUGAUGCUUUUAACAACGACAGCUCAUCGUACCUACAUAACGUAACAGAUAAUUAUUACCCUUUACCGUAUAAUGACUUAAGGAAUAGUACCAACAGAACGAACUUGCAACAAGAAUUUGAAGACUACUAUAAGAACUACCUCAAUACAGUUAAGGGGAAUAAAAAUAUGUUAUUGAGGAAAGAAUAUGGCAGCCAUAAGGAGAGGAGUAACAUGGGUGACUGUUCUCAAGGGAAGGAAGAUGGUGUGAGUAGCAACCGAGUAGGCAAAGGAGACAAAGUAGGCAAUACUAAUUCACAUAGCGAGAAAAAAAUGAGUAGCAGGUUUAGGCAAGUUGGGCACUGGAAUGGCAACUCCAAUAACGCCUCUAAUAACUUGAACAACAGCGUGAACAGCCACUGCAACAACCCAUUUUCGAACUUCCCCGGACAGGGUAACAGGUCGCUGCUCUACCCGGGCCUUAAGGAAAGGAGCGAUGAGAAGGACGGACAGAAAAAAGCCAAACAUGGUUCCAAACCCUACGCCAUGAAAGAAAUGCUUAAGGACGGUCACUCCUUCAAGGGCUACAGCAGCGGGGACCCCAAUGAAAGCAGCAGCAGUGGUGGAGCAGGAGGAGCAGCAGGAGGAGGGAGAGGAAACGCAGGAAAUGUAGGAAACGCGGGAAACGGUGGCCCCCUGAACCACAUCUUCAACAGCCUGCUUAAAAACAAAAAUGAGGAAAGGGAAAAUGGAAAAAUGGCCAGUAACGGCAGUCACCCAAAAAGUGCACAACACGAAGAUGAAGAAAAAGGGGAUGCCCUCAAUGCGAACAAUAGUAACUUUGCCUCCUGUGACAGUAACAUGGAUGAUAUGUAUGACGUGUCAGAUGAUGGAAAGGACAAGGAGGCCUCCAACGUGAAGAAUCACCCUAAGGGAGAAAAUAAAGAUGGCAAGCAUGCUGGCAAAGGGAAAGGCAUCCAACCUAGCAGCAUUCCUCAGAAAGAAAAACCAGCGGACAAGCACACUACUCCUGUGCAGGGUCAAAAGGCGGCACAACAGAUCGUACCACAAGGCGGUGAUAUAAAGAACGCGGCAAGCAGCAGGACGGGUAGCUCCUCCGUCACGGACAUUAAGAAACCCCCUGCCGUGAACAACCCCCCGCCGAUGCCCAACAUGGACUUUUCGAAUAUUUUAAAUUGUAUGCAGAAUCAAAUGGCCGGAGGAGGCGGCGGCGCGCAGGGGGAGCCCCCUCGCGAUAAGUUUGAAGGAAUGCCCGAGGAAGUGAAGAACAGAUAUAAAACGUGGGUGGAAAAUACUCAGAUAUUCUCCGGACAGAUGAUAAAAAUUUGCAGAAACAGGCGCCCGUUGAGCAAUGCAUACAUUGGCGACGACUCAUCCAAAGAUGAAAUCUCCUUCAGCAAUUUGUUGCCAUUCCUGUGA